AUGAACCUGGUUUUUCAAGCCACAAGGGAAGGUGAUCUCAAGCGACUGAAUGACCUCUUCUGCGGGAAGGGCGCCGACCCACGUGAAGUAUGUCUCAGCCUCCCCGACCCCGACGGCGAGAAGCUGAUCCACAUCUCCUCCCAAGGAGGUCACCUCGACAUCGUGAAGUACCUGGUCCGCCACGGCGUCGAGAUCGAGGACAAGGACCGUCGGGGUAAUUCACCGUUGCAUCACGCAGCCUACGGAGGUCAUCUUGAUGUCGUGGAGUACCUUGCCGGUCAGGGAGCGUUGGUUGAGAAGAUCGACUGGCUCGGAAAGACACCGGUGCAGAUCGCUUCGCCCGGUGGGCACCAGGAUGUCGAAGAGUUCCUUCUGAGCAAAGGAGCGAAGCCUGCAUAA